CCUCGCUUCUAAGAGCUUCCAAUAUUGAACCAGUGAGAAAGCUCGGCAAUGGCAGACUGAGUUCGGAGCUUGGAGCUCUCGAAGCUACGCAACCUUCUCACCUCUCUGCUUCUUUUCCAAGAAUCUGAGAGUUUAUUCUCUCUAGUUCGUAACUCGGAUCAAAGAACUAAGGAGUGUAUCAACAAAUAUGAGUAAUACCUUAGGUCAUAAUAUACUCCACCGGAGUUUGCUUCGUCCUCCAGUUGUAGAACCUCAAAGCAAACUCAAUUCUUCUGGCAUUCUUGCAAACACUUUGUUUCAAGCUGCGGGCUGGAACCAAUCAGCAGCGCAGACACGGAAGUCUCCAUUACUCACCAAAUUUUGUGGGAACAAUCUGAACGUGCGUAAACAGAAGUUAGGCAUGGGAUCACGUCGACCUGUCAAAUUUAUUCCACGUGCUGUAUUAACCACGGAUCCAGCUUCUGAGCAGCUUGCAGGAAAAUUCAAUCUUGAUGGCAAUGUAGAAUUGCAGGUUCGUUUUAGCGCUCCUGCUCCAGGGGCUAUCGCACAAGUGGAUAUUCAGGUCACAUAUACUAGUGACUCUUUGCUUCUUCACUGGGGUCUUAUAUGUGAUAAAAAGGAAAAGUGGGUACUUCCUUCUCGUCAUCCAGAGGGAACAAAAUUAUAUAAGAACAGAGCCCUUAGAACUCCAUUUUUCAACUCUGGCUCCAAUUCUUACCUUAAGAUAGAGAUUGAUGAUCCUAAAACACAAGCUAUAGAGUUUCUUAUACUCGAUGAGGCCCAGAAUAAAUGGUUUAAAAAUAAUGGUGAGAACUUUCAUGUCAACUUACAUAUGAAAGAGAAAUUGAUUCCAGAUGUUUCAGUUCCUGAAGAUCUUGUACAGAUUCAAGCAUACCUGAGAUGGGAAAGAAAGGGUAAACAGAUGUAUACUCCAGAGCGAGAGAAGGAGGAAUUUGAAGCAGCUCGAGCUGAGUUACUGGAGGAAAUAGCCAGGGGUGCCUCCAUACAAGACCUCCGAGCAAAGUUGAUGAAGAAGAACGAUAGUAGUGAUGAGAGGAAGCCAUCCACUUCUGGAACAAAGAGAAUUCCUGAUGAUCUUGUACAAAUGCAAGCUUAUAUACGAUGGGAGAAAGCAGGGAAACCUAACUAUUCCCCAGAUCAACAACUUAGAGAAUUUGAGGAAGCAAGAAAAGAGUUGCAAAUUGAGCUAGAUAAAGGUGCCUCUCUUGAUGAGAUACAAAAGAAAAUUACCAAAGGAGAGAUACAAACUAAGGUUGCAAAGCAAUUGAGUAACAAGAAGUACUUUAGUGUUGAAAGGAUUCAGCGCAAGCAGAGGGAUUUAAUGCAGCUUAUCACUAAAUAUGCGGCUAAACCUGUGGAGCAACAAGAUUCAGUCAAACCAAAAGCCUUGACAGUAGUAGAAAUGUUUGCUAAGGCGAAGGAAGAACAGGAGGGUGGUCAUGUUCUGAAGAAGCAAAUCUACAAGCUUGCUGAUAAGGAACUUCUGGUACUUGUGACCAAGUCUCUAGGAAAAACAAAGGUUCAUCUGGCUACGGAUUUCAAGGAGCCGGUUAUGCUUCACUGGGCUUUAUCUAAACAAAGAGCUGGAGAGUGGUUGGAACCACCUCCAACGGUAUUGCCCUCAGGUUCAGUUUCUGUAAACAAGGCCGUUGAAACACAACUUACAUAUAAUUCUUCUGCAAAUCCUCCUUAUGAGGUCCAAUCCCUAGAAAUAGAGAUUGAAGACAACAGUUUCACGGGGAUGCCGUUUGUCCUUGUCUCUGGUGGAAACUGGAUAAAGAACAAAGGCUCAGACUUUUAUAUUGAAUUUAGUGUUGCACCCAAGCAAGCCCAAAAGGAUGCUGGUGAUGGCAAUGGCACUGCCAAGGCUUUGUUGAAUAAAAUAGCAGAGAUGGAAAGUGAGGCCCAGAAGUCCUUUAUGCACCGAUUUAAUAUUGCAGCAGACUUGAUAGAUCAAGCCAAAAAUGCUGGGGAAUUAGGUCUUGCAGGGAUGUUGGUGUGGAUGAGAUUUAUGGCUACGAGGCAGCUCAUAUGGAAUAAAAAUUACAAUGUGAAGCCACGUGAGAUCAGUAAAGCACAGGAUAGGCUUACAGACUCGCUCCAGAAUGUAUAUAUGAGUCAUCCGGAGUAUCGUGAACUUCUGCGGAUGAUUAUGUCUACUGUUGGUCGUGGAGGUGAAGGUGACGUGGGCCAGCGAAUUCGGGAUGAAAUCCUGGUUAUCCAGAGAAACAAUGAGUGCAAGGGCGGAAUGAUGGAGGAAUGGCAUCAAAAGUUGCAUAAUAACACUAGUCCUGAUGAUGUUGUAAUCUGUCAGGCACUGAUUGAUCAUAUCGAAAAUGACUUUGAUGUUGGUGUUUACUGGAAAACUUUGAAAGAAAAUGGAAUAACAAAAGAACGGCUUCUGAGCUACGAUCGUGCGAUUCAUUCUGAACCAAAUUUCAGGAGAGAUCAGAAGAACGGCCUCUUGCGUGAUUUGAGAAACUACAUGAGAACUUUGAAGGCAGUUCAUUCAGGUGCAGAUCUUGAGUCUGCUAUUGCAAAUUCUAUGGGUUACCAAUCUCAGGGUCAAGGCUUCAUGGUUGGUGUGCAGAUAAAUCCUAUAUCUGGCUUGCCAUCUGGAUUUCCAGAACUGCUUCGAUUUGUACUAGAGCAUGUUGAAGAUAAGAACGUAGAAACCCUUCUUGAGGGUUUGCUAGAUGCUCGUCAGGAGCUUCGGCCACUGCUAUUUAAGCCUAAGGAUCGUCUGAAGGACCUUUUGUUCUUGGACAUAGCCCUUGAUUCCACUGUUAGGACAGCUAUUGAAAGGGGAUAUGAGGAGUUGAAUAAUGCACCACCAGAGAAAUUUAUGUCCUUCAUUGCUCUGGUUCUUGAAAAUCUUGCACUUUCAUCAGACGAUAAUGAGGAUCUCAUCUACUGCUUGAAGGGAUGGAAUCAUGCUCUAAGCAUGUACAAGAGUAACAAUGAUCACUGGGCAUUAUAUGCAAAAUCAGUCCUCGACAGAACCCGCCUCUCACUCACAAACAAGGCAGAGUGGUACCAGCGAGUUUUGCAACCAUCAGCAGAGUACCUUGGGUCACUGCUUGGAGUGGACCAAUGGGCUGUGAACAUAUUUACUGAAGAAAUCAUCCGUGCUGGAUCUGCUGCCUCUUUAUCUUCACUUCUUAAUCGACUUGAUCCAGUUCUUCGAAAGACUGCUAAUCUCGGAAGUUGGCAAGUUAUCAGCCCAGUUGAAGCCGUUGGAUAUGUUGUUGUGGUGGAUGAGUUGCUUGCUGUUCAAAAUAAAACUUUUGGGCAACCAACAAUUUUAGUUGCAAAAAGUGUGAAAGGAGAGGAAGAAAUUCCAGAUGGUACAGUUGCUGUGCUGACUCCUGACAUGCCCGAUGUCCUGUCUCAUGUAUCUGUGCGAGCAAGAAAUGGCAAGGUAUGCUUUGCCACGUGCUUUGAUCCCAGUAUCCUGGCUGAUCUCCAAGCUAGGGAAGGAAAAUUAUUGCGCCUAAAACCAACAUCUGCUGAUAUAGUGUAUAGUGAGCUGAAGGAGGGAGAGCUAGUAGAUGCAAGUUCAACUAACUUUAAGGAAGACGGUUCUUCACCACCUCUAACUUUGGUCAGAAAGGAAUUUAGCGGUAGAUAUGCCAUAUCAUCUGAGGAGUUCACCAGUGACAUGGUUGGAGCUAAAUCGCGUAAUAUCUCCUAUUUAAAAGGAAAAGUGCCAUCUUGGCUCGGCAUUCCUACAUCAGUUGCCCUACCCUUUGGAGUAUUUGAGAAGGUUCUUUCAGAUAAUGCAAAUCAGGCAGUUGCUGAGAAGUUAAAGAUUCUCAAGAGAAAGUUAGGAGAAGGAGAAUUCAGUGCACUAAGGGAGAUUCGCGGGACGGUGUUACAGAUGGCAGCACCAAACCAGUUGGUGAAAGAGCUGAAAACUAAGAUGCAAAGUUCAGGAAUGCCUUGGCCUGGUGAUGAAGGUGAACGGCGAUGGGAUCAGGCAUGGAUGGCUAUAAAAAAGGUCUGGGCUUCAAAGUGGAAUGAGAGAGCAUAUUUCAGCACGAGAAAAGUGAAAUUAGAUCACGAUUAUCUCUGCAUGGCUGUUUUGGUUCAGGAAAUCAUAAAUGCUGAUUAUGCAUUUGUAAUACACACAACUAAUCCAUCAUCAGGAGACUCAUCAGAGAUAUACGCUGAGGUUGUGAAAGGACUCGGAGAAACUCUAGUUGGAGCUUAUCCUGGUCGUGCUCUAAGUUUUAUCUGCAAGAAAAAUGAUCUGAACUCUCCUCUGGUGUUGGGUUACCCCAGCAAACCCAUUGGCCUUUUCAUAAGAAGGUCCAUUAUUUUCCGAUCGGAUUCCAAUGGUGAAGAUCUUGAAGGUUAUGCUGGUGCCGGUCUUUACGACAGCGUGCCGAUGGAUGAGGAAGAUAAAGUUGUGCUUGACUACUCAUCUGACAAGCUGAUGGUUGAUGGCAACUUCCGCCACUCGAUCCUCUCAAGCAUUGCUCAGGCAGGUAGUGCAAUUGAGGAGCUGUAUGGGUCUCCACAAGACAUUGAAGGCGUGAUAAGAGAUGGAAAAGUAUACGUUGUCCAGACAAGGCCUCAAAUGUGAUCCUGCUUCUUUUCCUUUUCUUUUUCUUU